GAAGCUUUGUGUUCUCUUCUUCUUCUUCUUCUCUUCUGUGAUGUGAAAAAGCUGAAGAUCUGCAGCAUGGCACAGCUGAAAGAGAAAACACCGACUCACAGAGGCGUCGUGAUCCCAGACGAUUGGCCGGGGUACCGUCUGGAUCUGUUCACCUAUCCGGCGCAUUACAGUGGGGAUCUGGACUGCGUCUACAUUCCACAUGGAGUCAUCAUGGACCGGACGGAGCGACUGGCGCGCGACAUCUUGGAAGAUCUGGGUGACCACGACAUUGUGGUGCUAUGCGUGCUGAAGGGAGGCCACCAGUUCUGCGCCGAUCUGGUGGAACGCAUUCAGGUGCUGAACCGCAACUCCAGCAGGUCUUUACUCAUGACUGUCGACUUCAUACGAGUCAAGAGCUACCUGAAUGAUCACUCGACGCCGGACCUCCAGAUGAUCGGCGCCGAGAGUCUGUCUGUACUCGCCGGGAAGAACGUCCUGAUUGUGGAGGCUAUAGUGGACACAGGCAAGACUCUGCAGACGCUGCUGACUCACGUCCGAGCCUUUAAACCCAAACUGAUCAAAGUGGCAGGGUUGUUGGUGAAGAGGGUCCCUAAUCAAGACGUCUGUCUCCCUGACUAUGUUGGGUUUGAGAUCCCUAACCACUUCGUAGUCGGCUACGCUUUAGACUAUAAUGAAUAUUUCAGAGAUCUUAAUCACAUCUGUGUGAUGAGUGAAGAUGGGAAACAGAAGUACAGACUCUGAUGCCUCUCGUCCAGUGGCUCAGACCUGUAUACGUGUGUAUGUGAGAGUGAGUGAGAGUGUGUGUGUGUGUGUGUGUGUGUGUGUGUGUGUGUGUGUCCUCAUUAAGUGUUUGCUAAACUCAUCCAUUACACAAUAAUUGUACAAAAUGAUAUUAAUUUCAUUUCACAUAAAAUCGUAACAUAAUGUUUUAUAGUGACGGGCUGAAGAUUACCGUAUUCUCUGGAGUAUUAGACCCCUCCCACUUUUCCCUGAGGCUAACUGCAGUGUAAAUUCUCAAUACUGCCCUGUAAUAACUGUAGUAGCAGUACUAUUGUAUUAUUAAUAAACUGAUGAUUUACAGUUAAAUUCUGCUGGAGGUGGAGAGGGAAAACCCCACUGAUCUUAUAAUCUAUAAAAUACGGUACACACUGUUUACAUGUUAACCUGUAUCAUACAUUUUACAUGCAGCUGAAUACGUCACAUGUAGCGUGUCCAUUUCAAGUUAAUAUAUGCUGAUUUUUGCGACUCUUAUUUGUCCACAUGUUCAUAUACUGUGAUAAAAAUUACAUAAAUCAA